CUAGUCGCUGACUAACUUGCGUUAAUCGCACAGCGUUACGCUAUUUUUACGAGGAAUUCAAGAAACACGAGAUGGUUGAGGAAUCGGAACAGUUACCGCCGAUCGACGUGAAGGAGCCGCUGGACCUCAUAAAGCUGAGCCUGGAGGAGCGGAUCUACGUGAAGAUGAGGAACGAGAGAGAACUCCGUGGAAAAUUGCACGCCUUCGAUCAGCAUCUGAACAUGGUGUUGGGUGACGUGGAGGAGAUUAUAAACAUAGUGGAGAUCGACGAGGAGACGUACGAGGAGAUCUACCGCCAGAAGAAGAGGACCAUCCAGAUGCUGUUCGUGCGUGGCGACGGUGUCAUCCUAGUAUCUCCGCCUACGUAAAAUCGCCGCGACAUUCCGUACAGCGUCUCGUGUGUGUGCGAAGCUAUAAAUAUUUUCUGCGUAAUUUAUAAUUCUGUUUCGUUGAUGUCCGAAAGAUUUAUACAGUACUGGGCACCUGAAAGAUCCAAGAAAGAUUUUGUGGCAGUGCUCUAUUUCUGUAUUAUACUAUAUACAUAUUACCACACGCUGUAAUCGCAUGUGUAAUUGUAAGAUGAAUGGCCCAACUAGAUGAUAAUAAAAAGUGUAUUCUUUUGUA